GGCGGUGACCAACCAUGGUCGCCGAGUUGACAAAAAUGACCCGCUCGAACGCGUCGCUAUUUUGGAACUGCGAAAGCAAGCCGCCCUGUCUCCGCAGUGUAUUCUGGGUACCCACAGUAGAUUCAAGAUGGCGGCGAGCAGGAGACUGCACAAGGAACUUGAAGAGAUUCGCAAGUCUGGAAUGAAAAACUUCCGAAACAUUCAAGUCGAUGAAUCCAACAUACUGACCUGGCAAGGUCUCAUUGUCCCUGACAACGCACCUUAUGACAAGGGAGCGUUCAGGAUUGAAUUAAUCUUCCCUGCCGAGUACCCCUUCAAGCCCCCCAAGAUCACGUUCAAGACGAAGAUCUACCACCCCAACAUCGACGAGAAGGGACAGGUGUGUCUGCCUGUUAUCAGUGCAGAGAACUGGAAGCCAGCCACCAAAACAGACCAAGUAAUUCAGUCCCUGAUUGCGUUGGUGAACGACCCCCAGCCAGAGCACCCUCUGAGGGCAGACUUAGCAGAAGAAUACUCAAAGGACCGGAAAAAAUUCUUUAGGAACGCAGAAGAGUUUACAAAGAAACAUGGAGAAAGGAGACCAAUGGACUGAUUACUUGACCAGUGUGUAGCCCCCUCUCUCUCUCUCCCUUCCUCACCCCCACAACCAAAUGUAUGUCUUCUCCUUCCUUCUCUCUGUACCUUCCCCCACUCUCUCCUCCCCAUCUCCCCACACAUCCUCUCCUCCAUUCUUCCCUCACACAUACAUGCCAUCCUAGCAGCCUCAGCGCAUGGCUGCCGACACAGCCUACCCUUUACACAGGACCCUGGAUCAGACAGGUUUCUCUUCCUCAUGGUGAUAGUUCGAGGCCGUUACUAACUUUCUACUAUUUUCUUAAAUUAAAAUGAAAAAAAAAAAUGGGUUAGUUCACUUCCAUGUUAAAGAUGGUGAACUAAUGAGGGUGGGGGGGGGGGGUAGAAGGAAAUGAUUAAAAAAAUAUCCAAUGUUUUAGUUUGGCUGUUUGUUUAAAAAGAGGAAAAACAAGAAAUCACAGCUUGGGUAUCGUAUGCCUCUUGUGGUAGCACUAAUUUGGGGAAGGAGAUUUUUCUGACAGAAUGAAAAGUUGUGGUUCUGCUUUUCUUAUUUUCUGUUUCUUGUCUCACCUUGGUCUUGUCACACCCCAAAAUGAAACGUUAGCUAGGCCCUGGAAGUGUGUGCUGAAACGUUAGCUAGGCCCUGGAAGUGUGUGCUGAAACGUUAGCUAGGCCCUGGAAGUGUGUGCUGAAACGUUAGCUAGGCCCUGGAAGUGUGUGCUGAAACGUUAGCUAGGCCCUGGAAGUGUGUGCUGAAACGUUAGCUAGGCCCUGGAAGUGUGUGCUGAAACGUUAGCUAGGCCCUGGAAGUGUGUGCUGAAACGUUAGCUAGGCCCUGGAAGUGUGUGCUGAAAUGUUUUUCCCUUCUGACUUCUCUGCUUCUGUAGUUGCACUGUAUUCUGUGGAACAAGCCGUUGUCCAUCCCCCUCAGUUUGAAGCCAGUCCACUGAGCAGACAGAAACAAAAUGGCAACCGAUUUAAUAAGCCAAUAUUGUCAUCAGUUACAAGUGUAAUUGACUGGUGAUAAUUGUCUGUUUUUCUCCCCACUGGUCUAAAAUGCCUUUUUUUUUAGGAUUGGAAAACGGAAGAAUACUCAAUGUACUUCAGUUUCCAUUAUUUUCUGUUUAUGAGGAUGCCCCUCUUUGCAUUGGACAUAUUUUCUCCAUUUGCAUUCUGAGACUUCCUUCUGAAAUACUUUUGGUUAUCUCCCUCUUUGUGUUUUAUAAGGUCGGCUGUGUACCCCACCCACUGCAGUAUGCUCAAGACAAAGUGUGGAAGUUAAAACAAUAGUUCUGACUCCUCACAUAAUUGCUGUAAGUCUGUUAUCCAGUCCGCUCAUCAUCGUCACUCCCACUUGUAUUGUCAAACGGCACAUACACAUUUCAAAAUCGGAACCCCCACCUCCUUUCUCUCUACAUAAAUGUAAUCUUGUCACCGUGAACCAAAUCUUAUUUGUCAUCACGGAGAGACUAACUCACACGUAUAUAUGUAUAUCUCAGUGGCUGAUAUAGCCACUGGAACAGAACAGCCCCCCCAGGUCUUAGUGAAGGGUCAGACCUGAUUGGGGCAACACCGGGGGACUGAAGUUGAGUCCAAAAUGGCACCCUAUUCCCUUUAUAGGGUUCUGGCCAAAUUGUAAGGCGCUUAGGUGCUGUGUUCAUACGCAGUGCGCUAUAUAGGGUUCUGGUCUAUAGUAGGGCUCUGGUCUAUAGUAGGGCGCUGGUCUAUAGUAGUGCGCUAUAUAGGGAAUAGGGCUCUGGUCUAUAGUAGUGCACUAUACAGGAAAUAGGGUGCCAUUUUUUGACACAGACUGAUUUACCUCACAGUGACAGUGGUCCUAUGUAACAGGUACCUUACACUGAGCUGUCUGUCUGCCAGUAGGGUAUAACCGCUGUGUGAUUCAGUCCAAUGUUUCAUAAUAAAGAUGGCUAACCAUUUGG